AUGCAGCUCACAUGCUGCCUCCGGCAGACUGGACACCUUCCCCGCAUACAACGAUACCCUGGCAUCUGUGCCCAAACAGCCGCCUGUCAUUUUCCUGGAGCCCAUGGCGUCGUGCCCGAGGCUCUGCUGAAUCAGCCCAGUGCCGUCUGGCACCCACCACACUGCCGAGAUCUCAGUCCCAAGGUCGUGAGCGGAGUCUGGAUGGGGCCAAGUCUGGCUUCAUCGCCCUCCGACACCACUCAGCUUAUAUUUGGCACCCUUUACCCUGCGUAUUAUUCCUACAAGGCCGUCAAGUCCAAGGACAUUAAAGAAUAUGUCAAGUGGAUGAUGUACUGGAUUAUAUUCGCACUGUUCACCACCGCUGAGACGUUCACAGACAUCUUCCUUUGUUGGUUUCCAUUCUAUUAUGAACUAAAAAUAGCGUUUGUAGCCUGGCUGCUGUCUCCCUACACAAAAGGCUCCAGCCUCCUCUACAGGAAGUUUGUACACCCCACGCUGUCUUCUAAAGAAAAGGAAAUCGAUGAUUGUCUCGUCCAAGCAAAAGACCGAAGUUACGAUGCCCUUGUGCAUUUUGGGAAGCGGGGCUUGAACGUGGCGGCCACAGCGGCUGUGAUGGCAGCUUCCAAGGGACAGGGUGCCUUAUCAGAGAGACUCCGGAGCUUCAGCAUGCAGGACCUCACCACCAUCCGGGGAGACGGCACCCCCGCUCCCUCAGGCCCCUCACCACCCGGGGCAGGGCGGGCCAGCGGCAAACACGGCCAGCCUAAGAUGUCCAGGAGUGCUUCGGAGAGCGCUGGCGGCUCAGUGUGCACCUGUUGCUCCACCUGCAGGACUCGGAAAGGCACCGCCUAGAACCCUUCGAUCUCGCUUCAGGAAGAAAAGUACCUCAUCCUCGGCCACUGAAACCACGUGAGAUGAGCCAACAGCACCGGAUCCACAGAAUGUCUCUUCUCUGCCUUAAAGAGCUAUUCACUAAUAACAACUCCGCGAGCUGGGUGUGCUUUAAGUGUGCAGCCUCACAGACAGGGCCUUUUUCCUCUCCCCUCUUCCACUUUUAAGAAUUUUUCUUUUUUUCCUUUCCUUUUCUUUAUUUUGCAGGGGAGAGGCUAAAAGGAAAGUUAGCAUGGGGGGGAGUGACCUUUAAGUCUUCUGAGGUUAGUCAUUUUCCACCAUCAGAUCGUCAUGACAGACAGCAGUGUGGUUUUUUAAAUCUAAGGGAAUCGCCCCAUGAUGCUAAGGUGUACAUUUGUAAUUUAUCUGUUGCAUACUUACUUUUUAGUCCUGUAAAUGCAAACAAAGCGAUUUUUAAACUUUUUGUUCUUGAUACUAAUACUUUGGACUAUGAUGUACAUAUUUAUGGCUUUUGGCUUAAUAUAUGACUUGCAAGGGCUGUCGGAGGUUCUGAUAUGUAAAAAAAACUGCAGAAACAAAUGUAGAAAAACAUUGUGAUUCUAGAAAAUGUCUCAGAUGCGCUCACAAAGCUUCCGAAUAGACCUCCAACAGAACAUCCCACUUCCUGCAGGAAGAUGCUCCAUAUCCCUCACGUAGCUGUGUAGUUCGUAGACAGAGAAGUUAGGAGUUUAGAGAUACAGUAUUUUAGCAAGAGAUGAGUGUGAUGAGAGGUCAGGAGAACGUCCUAGGAUAGGAGUCACAGGAAGCUUAUUUCCCCCUUGGAUUCAGGACUAGGAGUUUCCGGAUCCUUCCCGGGAAUUUACUACCACCUGAGGCAAGGGGGCUCACCCUGGGCAAAACUUGCUGAGGAUGAGAACUCACAGAGCUGCUGAGGAGAGUCAUUUUGAAUGCUUGGCAAAUGACCACUUCUCCAUCGUGUCCAGAGCUGUGACUAAUCUCCCUGGCAGAGGAGCCCACGACCUGAGCACCAUGUUUUAGAGAACACUACACCAAAAAAACCCCACAAAAACCUACAACUCCACUGUUUCCAAUAUGCUAUAAAAUAUAGCUUACACACGUGUGUUAAACGGUGGGUUCUAGAAAGGCUUUAGGGCUUGAGUGCUUGCUGGAAUAUGACUUGCUGCUGAGAUCUGAGGGCGCUGCGGCCCACACCUGUGUCCUUCCCCGCCAGGGCUGAGCGCAGGAAGGAGCAAUUCCCCUCACGGCGCUCCAGGUGUCACCAGGUGUCACGUACGAGCCCGGGUCGCUUAGCAGGGAAUAAAGCACUAUCUGAGGGGACUCCUCACUCAGACUGAGAACUUUAUGUGAGAGAACCUGGUGGAAAUGCACUUGGUCUGAGGUAGCUGCCUUCCCCUGGGAGCCAAGCCGAAUGUAGGCCUCGUGUACUUGUGCUUAGAGUUGGUGUUUUCCUUCCGUGUGAUGCAUGCAGUGGUCACGACCCAGUUACUCUGAAUAUCUGGAUUGUGUUUGUCUGUAGAUACGCCCUGAAGAUUAGUGAAUUAGCAUUACAUGCCACAUAGAACUCGCUGUCAACCCACCUAAACAGGCCCAAGAAAAGACCGCGCCAUCACUGAGCUACGGACGCACAGCAAUGGCCUCUGGUGGUGACGCACGAGCCGGAUCUUAGUCACGUCAGAAAGCAUUUCAUUUGAAGUUGAUUGCUGCCAGACACAUAUACUGAAAUCCCUGCUUCGCACAGUUCCCCUGAAGGUGGCUGUAUACUUUACAAAGGGAUUUACAAAGAGUACCCUAAAAGCAAAUUUGGAGUUGAAAGGGCAGAGGCUGUCCGCUUAUGUGCCCUACGCCCUCCGAUACCUGCACCUGUCAUGAAGACAGAAAAUCUGUUCUCUUCACACUCAUUGAAUAGUUCCAGACAGAGGAAAUAUAUACUCUUUAAAACGUAUUUACCUGUUAGUUGGGGGCACCCCAAAUUACCAGAAACAAACGCGAAAAAAAAAAAAAAAAAAAAAAAGUAAGUUAAA